AUGAAAUGUGAUUUAGAUCCAAAUUUGAGUGAUUUUAACGGAGUAACAAACGUUUCUUUCGCUGAUGACCCGCUCGUCACUGAUUAUUUGCCAAAUCCUCGCGUUGAAAUUCUCGUCGAAAACAAAGCCGAUGAGAAAUUGUCUCCAUCAAUCUUCGAAGGAAAUCCAUUGCUAUAUUUUCUUUUUUCAUCAGGUGAAGUAGAAAAAAUUGAUUCAAUCUUUCAACGUGGUCAUUUUGUUUCAACAGAAACUUAUGCUGAUUAUCACGGAAGACCACCAAUGCAUUUAGCGACUAUCGUUGGACAUUUGAAUAUUAUCAAAUUACUUCUUCAAUAUCGAUAUUAUGGUACAGCAGAUCGAUUUGGCCGAUAUGCCAUUGAUGAAGUAAAACAAAGAAAUUUUCAAGAAAUUGUUCAACUUUUAGAAAAAUAA